UUCUGCUGCCGCUAGGGGUAGCGGCGGCUGCUGCUUCCCGGGAGCGUGGUUUCUUUGAGGGCUCGGGAACCCUACAGAGUGGGGACUUGGGGAGGCUAGAGGGUGAGAAAGCCGGCGGGAGAGGAGGGCGGCGCUGGAGGAGGGCGGCGCGUGGCUGACUCAUCCCUCUUGAAGAUCAGACUGGCAGAGACACACACUCGCCCGCCCCGCCCGCCCGCGCCGCUCCACCUCAGCCAGGAGGCGCCCGCCCGCACCGCCCGCCCGCCCUCUGCGGGCGCUGUCCGGGCCCGGCCGUCUCAGAGAAAGUUUUUCCCAUCGGAGGGGCCGGAGCCGCAGCGGGCCUUUUGGAAGGGAAGGGGGACGGAACAGGAGGCGAGAGGCGCUGGGGCCCGCGGAGUGCAUGGUGCCCGGCGCCUCGGCUGCCUGGCAGGAGGACCUCGGGGCGGGGUCGAGCUGAGCCCAGCUCCUUCUUCUCCCCUCAGCCGCCCCAGAAACCGCCCUCUCGGACGGCCGCGGGGGUUCCCGCUCCUCAGCUCGCCAUGUCUCGGCUGCUGCCGCUGCUGAGGAGCCGGACCGCGCGCAGCCUGAGGCCGGGCCCGGCCGCUGCUGCCGCCGCCGCCGCCGCCGCCGCCGCCGCGCCCCGCCCGCCGUCCUGGUGCUGCUGCGGGCGGGGGCUCCUGGGGCUCGCGGGCCCCGGAGGCUUCCCGGGCGGCCCCCGGCGGCUGGGCACGCACCCCAAGAAGGAGCCCAUGGAGGCGCUGAACACGGCGCAGGGCGCGCGCGACUUCAUCUACAGCCUGCACUCCACGGAGAGGAGCUGCCUGCUCAAAGAGCUGCACCGCUUCGAGUCCAUUGCCAUUGCCCAAGAAAAAUUGGAAGCUCAACCACCCACCCCAGGACAGCUGAGAUAUGUAUUCAUCCACAAUGCGAUACCUUUCAUAGGGUUUGGCUUUUUGGAUAAUGCAAUUAUGAUUGUUGCUGGAACCCAUAUUGAAAUGUCUAUUGGAAUUAUUUUGGGAAUUUCAACUAUGGCAGCUGCUGCUUUGGGAAAUCUUGUGUCAGAUCUAGCUGGACUUGGACUUGCAGGCUAUGUUGAAGCAUUGGCUUCCAGGUUAGGUCUGUCAAUUCCUGAUCUCACACCAAAGCAAGUUGACAUGUGGCAAACACGUCUUAGUACACAUUUGGGCAAAGCUGUUGGGGUGACUAUUGGCUGCAUUCUAGGAAUGUUUCCUUUAAUUUUCUUUGGAGGAGGUGAAGAAGAUGAAAAACUGGAAACGAAAAGUUAAUCCUCUUAGAAUACCUAUAAAAAGAUGUAAACUAAUGUACCUCAGUAAUUAAAUAUGCUGUCACAACAUUUAGGAAUUAAGACAGUAACAGUAUAGAUAUGGGAUCAAAUAAUUUAGCAUGUAUUAUGGAAAACACUAACUUAUUGUGGCUUGAUCUUCUUAGGACAUCUUUUUUAAAAAGCUGUUUAGUAUCAUUUUGUGUAAAUUGUUGAAAUGCUUUUUCAUCAGUAGCAGUCAACAUUUUAUCUUUUCUUUUAUAUUCAUAAUGUUAUUUAAGUGUCAUUGAUGUACUGUAUUGACCUGGGGUUUGCUUAUUUGUUACUUAACAUGUGUACAUGCAUGAAAGCAUUUUUUGUUGUUCCCUGAUAGUUACAUUUCAACCUGGGGAUUUUUCCAAAUUACUGAAGAUGUUUAAUAUCAGUUAAAGAUUUUUUUACCCUCUUUUUGGGAACAUCAAUUUUGUACUGUUACACAGUAAACAUUUAUAACCAUAUAAUUUCAGUCAUUUUCUUAACUCGCACAUCUAUUGAAAAUGGAUAUAGAUACAGAUUUUAAGUAUUGUAAGUAUAUAUUACUUAUUUUAAUUUUCUGACUUUACUAUUUUAAGGGCCAGAGGUUAAUCAGAAAGAGCAAUUAUGUGGUCUCCCUGCUACGUGAAACCAUAUGUACUAACAAGCAUACUAUUUUUAGUUGAUUUUUUUUUUAACCUUUAGUUUCCCAGUUUUGAAUAAUUACAUGGUGGAUUCCGACUUUUGAGGGGAAGAAAAUGAGUAUUUUAGAGUCUUUGAAAUGGGGAUUGUGGAAUUAGAUUGAACUAAGGGAUUUAAUAAUCUGAUGCUUGGAAAUUAAGAGGCUAAAGCUUUUUUUAAAAAAAGGUAAUAGGAACUGUCAAGAAGGUUUAUGGUAUAAACGGUGAAGUUGAAGUGAUGUUUGGAAGGUUAAUGAGAUACAAAUCGUAUUAUGUGGUAAGGUUUUUUUUUUUGUUUCCUCCAAAGAUGUCAUCUUCUCAUCUGAAUGGAAUAAUAAGUCAGAAUACUCCGUACUCAUACUCCUAAUCUCAUGAUAUCUUAUUUAGUGAAUUUUAUUUAUGAAUAAUUUCUUUUGAAGUGAAAACUAGGUAUUUAAUAUUUUGCUUUUUUGCUACAUAGUCCACUCAAAAAUUACAUGAGGAGAAAUCCUUUUUCCCUCUGUUUUUCUUUUUUCUUCUUUUGUGGUAUUUAAAGUGUUUUUUAGGUUGAAGUUACUUAUUUCUAGUCUUGUAUAUCUGACUUAAGUAUAACCAUGUAAGAAUUAUAAAUUUUAGUUUUCUGAACCCUUAAACUUUUUUAGCAUGUGGUCUGUUACACAUAUUAAAAAAUUACUCUUACUUGUAACAGCGUAAUUAAAUACAUCAUGGAGGAGAGAAACUUAAAUUAAAAUUAAAAUAAUAUUUUGGCUAUUGAAGUUAUUUGUGUUGCUAAAUAGAUGCAGAGGGUUUACAGCGAUUUUAUUUUAAGGUUUUAUUUAUACAUAAUUACUUUGAACUCUUCAGAGGAGAUAUUGUUUCGCAAGGCAAUUUGUCAUAAAUUCUCUCAUGCACUUCAGAAUGAGUAAGUGCCAUCCUUUAAUCAUAGACUUUGAGGGGAGAAAGCAUAAAAAUAUAGCAUAUAAUCUAAAACUAAAUAUAUAACAUGCACAAAUAAUAUGACAUUCUUACUGGAUCAAAUCAUGAUUCUAGAACUUGAGAUCUUAAAUCGAAUUUCGGUUUGUAUCUCCCAUAUAAUAUCCAUACACAGAUAACCACACAAAAAAUCCUUUGUAAAAUUUCAGAUUGACAGGAUUAGAGUGUUUAAAUUUUUGGGGGGGAAAGGGUAGGAGGUAAAGUGUAAGUGCUUUCUUUUGUCCCUACCUUGUGUAUUGAUGGCAGUCCAUUCUCUUUUCUAAAAAUGUAUUUUAUUGUGGUGCUUAACUUCUUAUUAAUUAAAUCCCAUAUCAGAAACCUUGCCUGCGAGUUUAGAAAGGGCUUUUGAUUAUUGUUUUUUCUUUUUGCUCUUGAAAGUAAUCCAGUCCCAGGGAAUUAUUGGUGUAACUGAACAUCUCCAGAAUUAUUUAAGGUGUCAAAUAUAUAUAACCUUUACAUUGAAAGAUAAUUUUAAUUUAUGGGCAUAAUAAAAAUUUGAAUCAUUCAGGUAAUUAAUUUUCAAAAAAUGGAGACCUUUUGUCUUUAACUGAAGGUAUAUGUUUUUUAAGAUCAUAGUCUACACUAGUAUGGUGCUUUGCACAAAGUGAUUUCUGAAGAAUGGUUCUUUUUAAGAUAAUGACUUCAUGUGAUCAUUGUUUCAUGUUACUUGCCACAAAGAACUUUAAUUCAGGUUGAAACUGGAACUGUUUGUUUCUCAUAUUAGCUACUUCUCUAUUAGGAACACAAGAACUAUAGUUAAAUGCAACAUGAGCUACUUUAGUACUGUUUGUUUGAAAUUUGUGUUGUCCGUGUAUUAUGAUUUAUUAACUUGUUGAUGCAUGUAAAUUGGGUGCAUUUUGUUGCCAUGUAUGUUAAAUGGUGACCAAUGUUUUUACAAAGAAAUUGAACAAAAAAAAGUAUCUUUUAAGAAA